AAAUGUGUUUUUUAGUGAAAACAAUAUGGACGCUCGUUGCGACCUUUCUGCAAACGGUUUGCUAGUAAGUGUAUGCCCUCCCUUCUUAUCGCACCCGGCUUGUGCAUGUCCACAGCGAACAAUGGGACCUCUCGCAUAUCAUCGAGUGAACUCAUCGGAAUCCCCCGAGACAGUGUCGACACCACAAUAGGGGGUACGGUGGCCCCAAGCCCCGGUACCACACCUCCAGGGUGAUGGAUCGUGAUUGCAAAUCGGCCCCUUCCCCACCCGCGUUAUCAGCAUCCGGAAACCUGCUAAUCUGUGCAUUUGUUCCGGUAACACAUACCGCAAAAUCGUUUCGUAGUGUGUGUAUGUGUGCGUGUAUGUGUACCGCGUAGCUUGUUCUCAAUGGAGACCUCAUUUGCAGUUUAGCGUGCUGAUAACACGCGACUGUGUCCGCGUCGUCUGAAGGUGUGUGUGUGAGCAAGGAUUAGAUAAAAAUGGUGUACCAUCAGCCGACGCUACCAACGAAAGCCGGCUAGGCGGCGGUUCAGUAGCGCCCCGAACACGGUUCCCGGAGGAGUUGUUGACCCAUUCCCAUUGCCCUACGAGCGGAAAUGUGUGGCAUACUGCGAUGCUGUUGUGAUUGCACCAAGCGGAUAGCUUGCUGCUGCUGUACCUGUGCACUGCAGACGCUCUGCUGCAUGGUCUUCAUAGUGGUCAUCAUCUGUCUGGCGAUCGGUUUGGGCGUCUACUUCGGUGUGUUCCACAAUCGGGACUCGGACUCCGAUACGACGACCACACCGUCUAGUGCACUGCUGCGAGCCCUGCUACCCGAGGGCAUGACGGACGAGAAGGAACCGGCCUGGGUAUACUAAGCACGACCGCUGGGGCCAUUGCGCGCUGUGAUAUGUGUUUUUAGUAUUAAGCAUUGCUGCCUCCUUAGUUUAAGUGCCUACCGACGACACCGCCAAUCCGAAAUCAAUCCGUGAAUAAAUCGUGGCCUACUGGCAUGAUGUGGUGUGACUAACGCA